UUUAUAUAAAAUAGCUAUAUAUUUACGAUGGUCUGAUUCAUACAAUUACUAUUUCUCAAACAAAUGAAUCGUAAACUUUACAUUUUGUCAAGACAGAUGAAUGAGUUGCUCCCCUUUUCUUCAAGUAUCGUUCGGUGACCUGGGCCUAGUAUCACGAACAUACUUAAGUCGAUAUUUUGACUCAACUUUGAGAUUUUGCUCAACUUGUGAGAUGAGUGUAAACGCCUUGCUCAAGUUGGUGAUCACGAAACGUUUUUGAGAACUGAGUCAGACUCAUCUUUGAGUUUGAGCAAAAAUAAUUGAGCAAGCGUUCUACCUGUCUCAAGUUAUAAAGCAGUACUUUCCUUGAUCGCAUUAAUUGUUUGAGAAGGCGUCAGCUGAUUGAACGCGUUUUUGCUGACCGAAGCAACCUGCUAGAAGUCUUAUCGGCCGAAGAGGUCAGAGAAAGAUACAGAUUUUGUCCGGAAACGAUUCAUUUCAUCGUGGGAGUUGUAUUCAAUGACUUGGACACAACGACAAGUCGGUCAUUGCCGGUGCCAACUUUGCUGUCAGUGUUGACAGCUCUCCAAUUCUUUGCGACGGGCUGUCAUCAUCUACUGUGAACAGCUAUACACGGCGUGUCAAGAUGUUCCUUGGGGCGAGUGAUCAAUCGGGUGACGGAUGCUCUAUGUCGGCAUAUGCAUCAGUUCAUAUUUUUUCCUGCUUCUGAAUACGACAAAGCUAGAGUAAAACGAGAGUUUUACAGCAUCGCUGGGUUCCCCAACGUUCUUGGAUUCGUGGACUGUACUCAUGUCAAGAUACGAGCGCCAAAACGGAACGAAAUGGACUUCGUAAACAGGAAGGGAUAUCACUCCGUAAACAUUCAGAUGAUAUGUGACCCGCAGUUCCUCAUCACUGACGUUGUGGUGAAGUGGCCAGGCAGUGUCCACGACAGCCGAAUAUUUAGAGAGAGUUCUAUCUGCGCCAAGUUCGAGAAUGGUCAGCUUGAUGGGUUACUAUUGGGAGAUUCCGGCUAUGCCUGUCGGACAUUUCUCUUGACUCCUUAUCUGCAUACACAAACGCAAUCACAGGAAAGAAGUGACAUUACAUGAACCGCCGCGUCCAAAAUCAUGCAAACGCCGCGUCUGGCGGGAUUUUCUUAAUCUCCCUCCAGGUCAAUCACCGCGGAGUAUGGAGGAAAAUUGGGGAAAACGCGUGGAGUGUACUGUACAAUUAUUCUUGUUACUAUUUGGUUUUUCUUGUGAGUACAAAAUAAGUUUUUGUCGUUUGUCAAUAAAUUCGAUUGAUCUCUUUUCACAAUAAAAAGAUCCAAUUAUUUACGUAAAUGGAAAUACUUAUACUACAAAAUCAAAAACAACAACUUUAGUGAUAUUAUUGAGUGUAUUUUUUAACUAGAUAGCACUGCUUUCCGUCAAAAAUACAUCAUUAAAUGCAGCCUUGUCUUACAACUGUUAAAUAUCAUAAAAACAACAAAAAUGGAAUUAUAUAAAUAUAAUUAAUCCUAAAAUUCAUCACAUUUAUUUAUCAUAACGAUUAAAAAUAUUAACAUGAAAAAUAAGUCUUUAUUGAUAUGUGUUUAUGUUUUAAUGUCUGUGGAAAACUUAUAAGUAGAUGUACAUUUGUACUUAAACAUUGUACUUAACCCAUU